AUGGCGAACACAUCUUCAACUCCGAUUGAUGAUUCCUUUCAACUUUACGAUCUCCGUGUUGAAGUUAUCUGUCCUCCCUCCUCCAAAAUUCUCUGUGGUGCCAAUGAAGGGGAUCAUUUUACUCUCGAGGGAGAAAUGUUAUAUUUACCACCUGGUCAAGGAAUUAGCAUUUACAGUUUAUCAUCAGUUCUCCCUCUACUAGCAGCAAAGCAACGCUUCACUCAUUCAAAUGAUUGGAUGACCACAGACGGCCUGAUAGCAUGUCCAGAUCCAAAUUGUGGGAGUCAGUUGAAGAUCACAAGAACGGGAUUAAGGACGUUCAAGCAUGGAGAAACUACGGUCGUGGGAUUGGAGGGGAAUGUUUAAGAAAUGUAAAGUUAAAGAAUGUCUUUACAGCUAAGGGCCCGUUCGGAUCGUUUUUUCAAACUGUUGUCAAAAUAAGAAGAGUUGAAUUGUUGACUAAUAUAUUAAUCAAUAUUUUGUAGAUCUAGUUUUGAUUUUAUAGGUUUAUAAAAUGUAGAAUAAUAAAAU